GCGGUGGAAUGACAGACGCCGUCAGAAGUGACAGCUGGUUGCUAGACCGUGUCCUACUACGAUCCGAAAUUUACGUAACGCUAUCAGCGAGCGCCUCGUGAUAUUUGUGUUUUUGAUAACGGUAGCCAUUCCCGCGGACGAGAAGCGACCGACGAUCAUUCACUGUCUCAGUGAUGUUAUUCUAGCACACGUUGAACUGUUCGGUGCGUGCGUGAGCGAGGAGUGUGUGGCCUUCGAAGUGCGAUCAGCUUCCAUUAUUUAGCGAAGAAAGUUAAAAAUAGUCGUGCUAUAUUACACAUAUAGUGGAGAGAAGAUCGACACCAUCGCUCAGUGAAAAUGGUGCAUUUCAGGAAUCAAUUGGGUGCUUUAUUUAUCCUGCUGUCAACCUCGACAAUUGUCAUAUCUGAGAUUGAAAUCAAUCUCAAUUACGAUGAGGUGUACAAGACCAACCAAUCCAAGAAGUUUGAUAUUCGGAGUUCCACAACCAUUGAGUGCACCAUCGAGGCAUCAGAAGGGGAGGAGUACUCAAUGAAAUGGAUGAAGGACGGCAAGGACUUGGAUACGAGCAGCGAAAAAUUCAGAGUUACCAAGGAUGGUAAGAAGCAUUCCUUGAGGAUUGGAAAGACCAUCGACGAAGAUAUCGGAAAUUACUCGUGCGUUGUUAAUGUUAAAAACGAUGACGAGCCAAAGUCUGCAAUAAUUCACAUGUUUAGUAAUUUUAAAGUUAAGACACAAGAUAACAUGAACUUCGUCGAAGGCGACAUCCUGAGAAUCCCGUGCACUGUCUAUGGAAAACCCAGACCAGUUAUCAAAUGGAAAAUUGGUAAUAGAACAUACGAAGAGAGCGAGGAUCGCGUGGUGCUAGAACGGGACGAAGAAAAGGGUGUGGAUAAUGCUGUUCUGAUCAUUCAAGAAGCUGAUCUUUCGGACAGAGGAGUUUACACCUGCAUCGGAAUCAGGCAAUCCGAGCCGGACAUCGUCGACUCGGAUGAUACCAUGGUUCGGAUCAAAGAUAAAUACGCUGCUCUUUGGCCCUUCUUAGGAAUCUGCGCCGAAGUUUUCAUCCUGUGCGCCAUCAUCUUGAUCUACGAGAAGAAACGCAACAAGGCCGAACUGGAUGAAAGUGAUACUGACCAAAGCCCAGACCAGAAGAACACGCCCGACCACGGAAAGGAUUCCAACCUGAGACACAGACAGUAAACAGCGUGUUCUAAAAAAAUGUCUCCGUUCGCUGCGUUCUCGUACUGGUAAAACGGAACACUGUUGGUUAUAAGAACUAUUUUGGUUUAUUUUUUUCGUUCUAAAUUCAAGUGUGGUUUCUCUUCCGUGUUUAUAUUACAAUUAUUAAUAAGUUUUUCAUUUAAUAUUAAUUCUCGUUACCUCUAUUCUACGUUUACAUUUUUAAUGAUACAAGACAAGAAACCAAGUUAAGCGCAUAGUUUUAAACCUUCUUCUCUCUUCGCGGAUUACUCGCUGUUCAGUUUACUAUUUGUUUGUUUUUUUUUUUGUUUCUCCAGAUAUAUAUAGAGUUGAGAUUUUUAUUAGGAUUUAAAUGAAAGAUAAAAUAAACUGUUGAAAUCAAAUGUUGAAGAAAACGAGAAGAACAAAAAAAAAAUAAUGUAUGCUAUAAAUUAAUUAUUAAUGAAACACAGGUUUUAAAAAUCAGUUUAGGCAUGUAAAUAUAACUUGACAAUAUAUCAUGUUAUUGUAUUUAUCGGAGAAGGAAAAGAAGAGAAAAAUAAUAAUAGAAGGGAGGAAGUAAUUAAAGUACUUACUAAUUAUUGAGACAUCUGUCAAUGUACAUAGGGUUCACAGAUUUUUGUUUAUGAUGAUGAUGUUAUUAUUACUAUAUUUUAUUAUUUAAUCAAGUUUUUAUUUUAUUUGCAUGUAUUAUAUAUGAAGACGUGUAUAGCUGAGUAGCCUAAACGGUUUUUCUUUUCUCCCCCCUUUUUUUGCUAGCAAGAGAGAGAGAGAGUUAUGAGAAGAAAAACCUAUUACAUACUUUAUUAUCGUUUUUUUUUAUUAUUAAUAAAAUUAAAAAUUAAAUAUUUGUAGGAGGGUUAUCAAGUUUAUUUUUUGGAUUGUUUUUUUGUUUUCUUUUGUUUAUAUAGUUCAAGAGGGAAGUCUCGAUUUGAAAAGAACGAGUAAUACUAAUAAUAAUGUAUUUGAUAACAGUGAUUGUGUUGUGUACGCAGUAUGAAGAGGAAAGAAAGAAAUGAACGCCAAUUUUUUGUUAAACUAACAUUUAUUUACGUGUUGUUGUCAAAGGCAGAACGAACAUUAAGUUUUCUAUCGCGGAGCAUGUAUUAUACAUAUUUAUAUAAUAUAUUAAUAUAUGGAUGUUAACUUGUGUCGGAACUGCAGUAAAUUGUAAUUGGAGCCGAGCUGCACCGAAAAACGCGCGCGCGGGAUAUUCCCAACUUUUCUCACAACAACAAGAAAUAAACAAUUUUGUUCAUUAAAGCACGAGAUUUUUACAACUUAAGAGACUAGCGCAUACUUAUUAAUAUUCUAACGCAGUGAUUUAUUAAUACCAGUUUCUUUGUCUUUACUUGACAAUUACUUUAUUAUUUUUAAAUUAACAAUUAUGUUGUUUUCUUAUAUAUAUAACGUGUAGUUGUUGAUUUUGUAUGUAGCCACCUAGUGUGUAUUAAUAAUUUUCGUUCUGCGUCGCAGGCAAAACCUAGUACAUCUUAUCGGUUUAGUAAACUGUAAUAUAUUAAUAAUAACAAUACGUUGACUUGCAUUAACAAAUAAUUAUUUGAUUGUUACAUAAAUUUAAUAUAACCGGAGUGUAAGAGUUCGUUUUUUUUUUCUGUUGUUGGUUUUGGUUUAACAAAACUGCAUUAUGAUUUAUAUAAUAUAUAUAUA